AUGUCGGCGGUCUUCGUGAGCGGCUUCGACUUCGACACACCCGAAAGCACGGUGGAAAGCCACUUCAGCACCAUUGCGCCGGUCAAAGGCGUUCGUUUCGUCGGCAAAGGCAAUGCCGUUGUGACCUACGAAUCGUCAAAGGACGCGGACCGUGCGGUGAAUGAGCUCAACAACAGCACCAUGGAGGGCAACCGACGGUAUGUCAACGUGAAGAUCGACCAAGGAGGCAAGGGCAAAGGCAAGGAUGGAAAAGAUGGCAAGGGCUACGGCGGGUACGACAAAGGCUACGACAAGGGCUACGACAAGGGCUAUGGCAAGGGCGGCUAUGGCAAGGGAAAGGGUAAGGGAGGAGGAGGACGAGACUACUCCGACGGAGAGAUGGAAGAUGGCGUCGUUGCGACCUUCAACGACGACAGAGGAUACGGCUUCAUUACCCCCAGCCGGGGGGGCGACGACGUGUACGUGCACUUCAGCGCUAUCCAGACCGAAGAGUCCUACCGCACCCUCCAGCAAGGGCAGAAUGUCCGUUUUGUCAUGGGCGAGGAUCCCAAGGGCAAGGGGAAGGGCAAGGGCAAGGCAGUCUGUGUGGUCCCCAACUGA